CUGUAAAAAAAAUAUGUCAAAAAUCAUCAACAUUCAUCAUGAGAUUUAGCAAGCACAAUAAAUUUUAAUUUAAUAGAAGAGAUACAGUACACCUACAAUAAUCUGCCGAGUACAUUGUUUUACUAAGAAUUAUUUGGACAUUAUUAGAGAGAGCCACCCAUCCUGCCGAGUAUAAGUAUGUAUUGUUAAUGAUUUUAGUUUCUUCAAACUUUGGAGAUUAACAAGAAUGGACAAAUCUCAAGAACACAGCGAUAUUGAAUAUUCUGAUGAUGACCAGGUUGAUGUCGAUCCUAUAUUCGAUAUAAUUGAUUAUCUAGUAAGAUGUACCAAAAUAUCAUUUAAAAAUGCCCAUGUAAAUGAAGAAGAGGCAAGAACUUCAGAUAAACUACAAAUUGCACAUGAUGUUUAUAAAAAAUCCCCUUUGGAAUUCUUGCUUCGGUAUGGAAAAUACUUGACCCCAAAUCAUAUUCAAUAUUUUGAAAAUGUUAAGGUUCCAGAGGAUAUUAAUCUUAGUAGUUUUCAAGACUGUGUGGAAAAACUUAAAGUGUACCAUUCUGCUGAGUGUAAGCAUAAGAGAGUGAGAAACAGAAGGUACAGAGCUUUACAGAAGUUGCAAAAUGAAUCUGACUAUUUCAGUGAAAAGCAGAUGAUGUCCAGAAAUCCUCUUCUCUAUGAGCAAUUAAUAGGCCAGUAUUUAACAGACGAGGAAAUACAUGAGCGUGAUGGAAUUGAUAGGGAGAACUUGACUUUUCUGGAUUUAAUCUUGGAGACAGUAGAUCGCAAUCAAAUAAGAGAGACCAAAAAUGAGCAAAUGCUUGAGGAAGAUCUUGAAUCAAUGUCCUUAUUGACUGAUCAAGAAAAUGAAAAAAAAUCAAAUGUCAAGAAGAAAAAGCAAUGGGGAGAUUUUGAUACUGUAGAUACAACACCUACUUUUACACCUGAAGUUCGAAAACAGUCAAUGAUAAGUGCUCCUGAGAGGAGAUUAUUGAGAGAAGAAUUCCUUCAUGAAAUGUACAGCAGUUUUGUUGAAGGUAGGGACACAGAUGUUGAUUAUAGCAGUAUUGAUAAUGAUGAACAGUAUGAUGACUUAGACCAACUAUCUCAAGAUGCAGAAGACAAAUACUUUGACUCUGAGACCAAUGAUGUUGAAAAUCUUGAACAACACAUGAAGCUUGUAGAAGAAUAUGGGAAUGCCCCAUCAAAAGACAACACUGCUGAAGAUUCAUUGGAUGUUUUUAUGACUCAUAUAACCAAUAAAGUUAAUAAUGUGUAAUU